AUGGAUGCAGCUGAGGAUCGAGACGUGAAGCUCCAACGGGCCUCUGGGGAUUUGGUGGCCGAGUUUUCGGCGAAGCUGCCCUCGUUAUUGUGGAGAUCCCAAAAGGGGACUCCCCUCCGUACCCCACGCAAGUGGGCGCAAAUCACCAAGACAGAGAAGCUUGUCAGCCUUCUUGAACCUUUCCAAGAGUGGCCUCAACUCUUAGAUCCACACUUGCAGAAGUUGCUGCCUCCUUUAGUGGACGCUUUUCUAGCAUAUUUGAUCAAACAUCGCACCCAGUAUGGGUCUGUUUCAGCCAAGUCCUCGCAGGGAGGAAACACUUACCCCCUACCAAGAGCCAUCUGCAGGCUACUGUACACGUUCUGCAAAGUCCGUGGCGUCAAGGUGAUUAGCAGGUUCUUGAACAAUGAGCCGAAAUAUCUUGACUCGAUGCUACGGGCCUUCAUCGAAUGGGAUGCAGUUCAGUCAUCCAAUCCAGAAGACUUGGUGGAACCUGAAUCCCAGAGGCUCAUCUGGGAAGAACGUUAUGUGAUGCUAGUCUGGCUUUCACAUCUAUUGCUUGCUCCAUUUGACCUGUCUUCCUUAUCGUCCGACAACAUUCCCGUGCCAUACGAAAAUUUGCAACAGUUGAAUUGGCUAUCAUCUGAGACUCCUAUGGUUGCUAAGUCACUCCUUUCCUUGUCCUUGCACUACAUUGGUGCCUCGGGCAAAGAACGAGAGGCAGCAACGGCGCUCUUGGCACGAUUGGCUUUGCGUGGAGAUAUGCAGGCUCUCGGGAUUCUUACGGGUUUGACGAAAUGGGCAUUCGCUACAAUCCAACCGGCUAAGAACGUCGAGUCGCCCUCUGUGUAUGCUUGUAUUGGAGUCCUCACUUUUAUUGCUCGUUUGGGCGCAUCCGGCCAAGUUGAGGACUUUGCUCCCUUGAUCAAUUAUGUCUUCCAGCAGACUCUCAGUGUUUGUCAAGGGCAAUCUUCUGUGUCUGCGACAAUUCAAUCCUCCGCAUUGGCUAGGAAGAUUGUUGUCAAGAUUCUUCGCAACAUAACAGUCAUGGCAUUAGCUGUGAACGAGCGAGGUGAUGGACGCAUCACAGACGAUGAGCUAUCUACCAUAUUGGAAGAUGCGAUUGAUCAUUUUCUGGUCUCCCUAGCUGAUAAAGACACACCUGUGCGAUUUGCAGCAAGUAAAGCACUCAGCAUUAUUACACUGAAAUUGGACCCAGAAAUGGCCACCGAGGUCAUUGAAGCGGUUAUUGGCUCGCUCGGGGAGAAUAUCCUCUUUGAAAAAGAUGAUGGCUCUCUCAUAACACCAUUUGAGGCUCGCAAGAUUGGCAUUCAUACUCUCAAGCGUAAUCUCAGUGCCGUCGAUGCCCAGCAAUGGCAAGGAUUGAUCCUGACACUGUCACACCUGCUUUUCCGUCGGGCACCGCCUAUUCAUCAACUUCAUGAGAUUCUGCAGUCCCUUGUGGCUGGUUUGGGCUUCGAACAAAGGUCCUCUACUGGUAGUUCUGUGGGAACCGGUGUACGAGAUGCGGCGUGCUUCGGUAUCUGGGCUAUGUCUCGAAAAUAUACAACAACAGAGCUCCUGGCAUUGCAAUCUCAGGUAGUAGCAUCUCCAUCUGGUCAGAGGGAAGUCGAUGUACUUCAGAAGCUGGCUGUGGAACUCGUCUGUGCAGCUUGUAUCGAUCCAUCUGGCAACAUCCGACGCGGAUCCUCUGCUGCAUUGCAGGAAUUGAUUGGUCGCCAUCCUAAUACCAUUGCGCAAGGUAUUCCGCUAGUCCAGGUUGUGGAUUAUCAUGCCGUUGCACGACGUUCUCGUGCACUGAUUGAUGUCGCCAAAGCAACAGCUUCCCUGGAUCAGAUUUACUGGAGUCCACUUCUGAAUGCUCUCAUGGGCUGGCGAGGUAUUGGUUCACCAGACGCCGACUCUAGAAGACAUGCGGCCAAGUCUAUUGGAAGCUUGAGUACUCAGGGGCUAUUCAAGACCAUGAAGCAGGUUUUGGAUAAUUUGUUGCAAAUGUUCUCGAGUAUCUCUCGGAGUGAUGUUGAAACUCGACACGGAUGUCUGUUGUCCAUUACUGCUACAGUCGAUGCUUUUAAUUCUCAUUGGGAAGAAUCAGUGGAUAUGAGAGAUACCCCCGAAGCAAAGGCUGUCUCCUCUCAAGUGGCGAAAAUCUGGGACAUCUUUGGUUCUUUAUCAGGCCCUACUGAUGACGACUUGACCUUCCAGACUUCACGUCCAGAAUUGACGGCCGAGGCAUCAUCUUGCUUGAUUUCCUCGCUAUCUCGGUCUACCACUACCAUAGGACUGCCUCAACCUUCAGAACAACUGCUGGAUCGCACACUCCAAGUUCUGUCCCUCUGUGUUUCUCGCAGUGAUGAUAUCUCGAUUGAGACAUCCUCAACUGCCUUAGCGCAUCUGUUUCCCCUUUUAUCGCCAUCAAAGCAGGAAGAAACGAUACGGACUUGGUUUUCUCAUCUUCAUGCUUCAUGGAGAUUGCCGACAGGACGCGGCCAAAUUUUGGCACUCGGUGCAGUAUUUAAACAACUCGGUACACAAAAUGAUCUACAGGAGAAUAUUGUUGCUGAGAUUCUUCGGUACACUGGAAAGGAAGAGCUCAUCGAGAAACGCGUUGCUGCGGUGAAGUGCUUGGCUGCUAAUAUCUUGCCAUAUAUGAGUUGUACUGAUUCAGUCGCGGGCAAAUUUUUGGACUUCUUGAAUGAUUACACCACAGACAGACGAGGUGAUAUCGGAUCUCUCAUUCGAGUGGAGGCGAUUCAAGCAGUCAGUAUCUUGCUGCAAAAGGAACCGAACCGCUCCCCACUCAUUCAAGAUUUGGUUGGAUGUCUUUGCCGUCUUGCCUGCGAGAAGCUUGACAAAGUUAGAUUGCAAGCAUGGAUCGCUCUAGAGGGCUUCUGGGAAUCAGCAGGUGAUCUACCUCCACUCGAAAGAAAAUUCGAACACUUCAGUCACGUCUCAUCACAAGAGUAUUUCGCUCAGCUACUCACCUUGCAGAGUAUCGAAUGGCUGCGUCUUCCUUUAUUGCAAGGACUUGCUACGUCGGCUAUCUCAGGAGCGGAAGGUCUCGUCCGAGCAACCCGUUCAGCUCUUACUCAGUUCCUCAAUUCCCAAGAUCAAUCUCGACGUCAGGAGAUAUUGAUGGUCUUCUUACAAGAUAUUUCCACGAUACUGAGCGACAACCUCCAAGAUGAUCGUUUCGCUAUUCCUGCCGUCGAGUUCGUCGCUUUCCUGAUUGACAGCUACGUUAUCAUCACACCGGAAACCUCAGAUCCAAGUUUCCGAAAAUUGUUUACAUUGGUCCAGAAAGCACAUUUCAAAUCGACAAAUAUCGCUCGAUUGGAAGCGGCAGUCAAAGUCUAUGCUUCCCUGGCAAGGAUUGACUCGCUACGACAGGGUGUUUUGAAGAAGCUGACUGGGCUGCUUUUGCAUCCUUUCCCCAGGGUUCGAUCAAGCGCUGCAGAGUAUCUCUUCGUGGUGACAGAUUCUGAGAUCACUAAAUACGAGGACUGGUCUGCUUCGCCCAAACUCCUGAAACCUCGGGUGGAUGACUUAAAGGUUCUUCUUUCUGUAGAGGGCUAG